GCACGUACAGUUUGACGUCAUCAAAUGUCUGGCCCGGCUACUGUCACUAGCGUCAGAGAGAAGCAAGGACGUGACAUGGAACUAAAUUUUCCACUGAACAGUUAUAUAUGUUUCGUAGCUUAUUGAAAUCGACUUAACGAUUGACUAUUUUCGUGUUCCACCUUAGGGGUGCUUUGGUUUCGAUAUCAAACAAAGGCUUUGGCUAGCUGACUGACAAGCUAGCUUCUAAGUUACAAUACUAUUUAAAGAUAGCGACUUCAGACUUUAAAGCAUGGCGUUAAUCCUGUUUACGAGGUCCCGGACACCGUUAAUCAAAACGUCCCGAUCGUUAAAGAACGAAUUUCGGAAAGGUAAAGGUAAACUGCAGGAUGGUCCCUGUUUCAACUGCACGACCCUCAGAGUCGCCAGUCAAAAGUUCGAUGGGUUCAGACUCGGCAGCCUGGGCCACAUCUCCUCGUUCAGCCCCUCCCCUCUGAUGCCAGACGAGUACGCGGGGCCCGCUCCGAACUCCGAGCCACAGCGGCUCUACUGCGCCUUAGCGGCGGCGCCUUCCGCCUCGCCGUACCCCGCCACGGCGCCGGGCUCCCAGUGGGCCGUGGUGCGACCGCGGGACAUCCCCGGCGUCCGGUGGGUCCACACCUCCCGGAGGCGGUGGGACGACUCCAAGGUGGAGAAGUCGCUGCGCUCGCUGAAAGACAAGAAGAAGAAACUGGAGGAAGGGGGCCCGGUGUACAGCCCCACGCUGGACGCCGAACCCGUCCGGAGGACCAUCCGACAGAGGGUCCUGGACGAGGUCAAGCACUACUACCACGGCUUCAAGCUCCUGUGGAUCGACACCACCAUCGCCGGGCGGAUGCUGUGGAGGGUGCUGAACGGGAACCCCUUGUCCCGACGCGAGAGGAGACAGUUCCUCAGAACGUGUGCCGACGUCUUCCGGCUGCUUCCCUUCCUGGUGUUCAUCAUCGUUCCAUUCAUGGAGUUCCUCCUUCCUGUUGCUUUGAAGCUCUUCCCCAACAUGCUGCCGUCCACCUUCGAGACGCAGUCAAAGAAGGAGGAAAGAUUGAAAAAGGAGCUAAGGGUCAAACUAGAGAUGGCCAAGUUCUUGCAGGACACCAUCGAGGAGAUAGCGCUGAGGAACAAAGUUGCUCAGGGCAAUGUGACGGAGGAGUUCUCCACCUUCUUCCAAAAGAUCCGGAACUCUGGGGAGCGUCCCAGUAACGAGCAGAUCAUCAAGUUCUCCAAGCUGUUUGAAGACGAGCUGACCCUGGAUAACCUGACUCGGCCUCAGCUGGUGGCUCUCUGCCGUCUCCUGGAGCUCCAAUCCAUCGGGACCAAUAACUUCCUCCGCUUCCAGCUCAUCAUGAAGCUCAGGGCCAUCCGUGCAGACGACAAGCUAAUAGCCGAGGAGGGAGUGACGAGUCUGAAUGUGAACGAGGUCCAGGCCGCCUGUCGCGUUAGAGGGAUGAGGUCUCUCGGAGUCACCGAGGAGCGACUGAGAGAGCAACUCGGCCAGUGGCUGGAGCUGCAUUUAAACCAGCAGAUCCCCACCUCUCUGCUGCUCCUGUCUCGAGCCAUGUACCUCCCCGACACGCUGUCUCCUGCCGAUCAGCUGAAAACCACUCUGCAGACGCUUCCUGAAAUGGUGACCAAAGAGGCCCAAUUAAAGGUGGCAGAGAUGGAACUCUCCAAAGUGGACAACAAAACCAAACUGGAGACCACGCUUCAGGAGGAGGCGGCCAUCCGGCAGGACACCAAGGACCGGGAGAUGGAGAGGCUGGCGGACGCCGCCGAGAAAGCCGCCAGGGGGGCCGAGUUGGAGCUCGACUCGAGGAGGGUAAAGCACAGCGAGGUUACCAGGGCAACCCGUUCUGAGACGCUGAGGGAUACGGCUCCCGUUCUCGAGGGGAUCAAGGGUGAGGAGAUCACCAAAGAGGAGAUCGACAUGUUGAGUGAUGCAUGCUCAAAGCUCAAGGGGCAGAAGAGGCUUCUGACUCUGGAGAAAGAGGAGCUGGAGGACCUCAAGGACGACGUCCAGGAAUACAACGAGGACCUGGAGGAGAUAAAGAUGGAGUUUUCUAAGACCGGUCAGUCCAAAGCCAUCGAGGAGUCGAAGGCCAGCCAGCGCCUGUCAAAGAGGGUGACCCGUAUGAUCGGCCGCAUCGACAAGAUCAUCCUGGAGCUGGAGAAGGACAAGGUCAUCCUGGACGGACAGGUGGACAGUGGAGCCACCCCGCCUGUUGGAUUAUUCUUUACUAAAUAUAAUGACGCGACAAGUCUGUUCUACACCUUCAGGGAGAACCUCAUCAGCAUCGACGAGCUGAUCAGCGUCAUGCGGCAGAUCCAGAGUAUCCCCGAAGACAAGCUGCAGAGGAUCGCCGAGGCCCUCGACGACAACAAAGACGGGAAGGUCGACAUCGACGACGUCAUCAAAGUGGUGGAGCUGAUCGACAAGGAGGACAUCGACAUCUCCACCACGCAGGUGGCCGACAUCAUGGUCAUGCUGCAGAAGGAGGAGAAGCUGAUGGGGAAGGAGAAAGCCAAAGAGAAGGCCGAAAAGGAACAGGCAGCCACACGCAACAGCUAACUCUUUUUCUUCAUCCACACAGCGAAAGAAAAAAAAAACUGAUGUCUGUGGCACAAAUAACUCGACAAGAGAUCUGAACAAGCUAUACUGGGUAACACCUGCCUGCUGAAUGUUAGCUCCCAGAGAUUAUUUCUGGGAGUUUUGAAAAAAAAAAAAAGAGUAAAUAACAAAAGAAGGCUUACUGCCUUUUAAAAAUGCACAAAAACGAACUUGUAAGAAAAUGAACGUAAUGUUAUACUUUUUCUGGUGUGAUCAUUUACGAUAUGCAGAUACUUGAUUUUUGUGUAAUUUUACACAUGUAUUUAUUUAUUCUGGGAACACAGUAACUUGGAACCGUGGUCGCAACUUUAGAGUUGGUAAAGAAAAACCGUUUAUGGGAAUAUAUCAGAUCCAAUAUUUUUAGGUUUGUGGUGAAACAUCAUGCCUUUCAUUGAAUUAUUUUGUCAUCUCAAAGAAAUGAGACCUCAUUUCUGGACUUUGCACAGUAAACAUGAUUGUCAGCAUGGUCAUUCCAUUCACUUGCUUUUAUUCUCAUUGUUCAUCCUUCAUCCUAUUGUUUUUUGUUUUUUUUACUUAUACUCUGGUAGCUGUCAGAUGUUUAAAUGGUAGUUGCAACCAAAGAAAUAAUUGGCCACAUGGCUGAAAAUGACCUAUUUAAGAUGGGAAAUGUAAUGAUUUGAAGAUCUUCCCCAAGACAAACAAAAAAAAAAUCGGAUUUGAUUCUUUCUAGAGUAAGCGUGCAUUUGUCCAGAAGGCAUAUAACAGAAGUUCUAUGUCAGUGAAAAGCUUUGUAGUGUUUCUUCUAUUUUUUUGUACUCAGCAGCUUAGUAGUUUUUGCUAAUUCUUUGAGUAGUAAGCAGGUCCUGGUAUUCACCCACCUAUUUGUACAUAAAUCACCACCUGAUAUUUUGUCAGCCCCUUCAGAAACAGCUCUGAUCUGGACCCUUUUUUUAAGAGUCUUGUUCUCAUGUUGUGCAUGUGGAUCGGAAUGCUCCAUGCACAUCCCAAAGAGGCUCAGUCGGCUCAGAAUCGGGAUCUUUAUGAGUUUUAGCAGCCUUGCUAAAGGUUUCCCAACAAAAUGUUAGCAAUUCGCUUCAUCUUGAGGCUUUUUUCGUGUAUUCUCUUGUAGCUUUUUGUAAAAAAAAAAAAAGAAAGAAAGAAAAAAAAAAAGCCAAAGUUGCACUGUAGCACAUUAAAUAACACUUUCUGCUUAUUUUUUUUCAAAUCAAACAAACAAAACCAGCCAAGACUGACGGGCUGCGCAAAAAAAAAGUGUCAGGACGAUAACAAGUGCAGAGACGCUAAAUGCCAAUUCAACCGCUCCAGUGACCGCUGUCAUAAAAUUCCCUUUCAUAGGUGUUGGAACUUGGCAGAAAAACUGAUUGAAGGUUUCGGUUUUAGGUGUCACAGAAGCUGGAAUUGCGCACAAGUUGUAUAAUUUUUGUAGUCUUAGCCUGUAAAGGUUGAAUGCACAGUGGCCUUCUAAUGAGAAACAUAUUAUGGAUCGUGUAUUGUUGUAUAUUUAAUUUGUCUUUUUUUUUUUAGUAUUUCUGUUUGUGGUCUCUGCACUGUACAGUAUAUGCUCUGGUUGGUUGGUUAUGCUCUGACGCCACAUUCCUUUCAGGGCUGAGCCUAAUUAUUACCGAGAAGAUUUCAGAACGGUAAAAAACGUUUCCCCUUUUUCGCCCCCGAAAAAACAAAAACAAAAAAAAACAACCAUUAUCUUUGGCUUUUUUUUGUCGUGGAAUUAAAAAAGAUAUUGGGAGUUUUUCCAAGUUACUGUUUCAGGCGGUCAGUUUACAUGAGAAUGUAUUACGCUCAGGAGUGACCCAAGUGGAACCUUCGUGUAAUUGACCCUAAAGUCUGAUUGCUUUUGGACCUCUGUUGAAUCCCGACCCCCCCCCCCCCCCCCCUCCGGACGACUGAAUUAUUCACUCUGAGCCCUCUGGUAUUCCUCCAAGGCAACUAGAGAAAAGGUCCGCUUGUGUAAACGACGGUGACAGAGUGGUGCUUUAGAUAAAGCUCCGGUGGAUGACGCUUCUCUUAAUCCCCUUCCCAGAAUCGGCAGGGGCGAUUAAGAGCUCCCAUCCAGGUUCAUGCUCGGUGGUUCCCCCCCCCUGGCCCCGGACCGGUCCAGACGGAUUGCCCCAGGGUAGACGUUCGGCCCAUACAUGGGGCUCAGCCAGCUCCUGUUUGGGUUAGAGGGGCUCUGGCGGAAGGUGGCACGCUCCUCGACGGCGUUAAUCAGCGGUCAGUGUAAACACGCCACGGCCAGCAUCCACGAGUGCCCGACGGGGGUCCUUCGGGGGGUUUCGGAAAGGAUG